UAAGAAAGUAAAGAUGAUGACAGGCUUGUUAUUCCACCAACAACAACAAAAGCUGCAAGUUUUGGAAGAGAAUAUGUCUAAUUUGACAUCUGCAUCUGGUGAGGCAAGUGUUUCUUCAGGGAAUAGAAGUGAAAUUGGAUACUUCGCUACUCCACCAACUCAAACUCAGCUGGCUAAGAGAAAGAGAAACCUCCCAGGCAACCCAGACCCAGAUGCAGAAGUAAUAGCUUUGUCCCCUAAAACACUGAUGGCCACAAACAGAUUCAUGUGUGAGAUCUGCGGCAAAGGGUUUCAAAGAGACCAGAACCUUCAGCUUCAUAGAAGAAGUCAUAAUUUGCCAUGGAAGCUAAAGCAAAGAACGAGUAAAGAGGUGAGGAAGAAAGUGUAUGUGUGUCCUGAACCCAGCUGCGUGCACCAUGACCCAUCAAGGGCGCUUGGUGACUUGACUGGAAUCAAGAAGCAUUUCUUCAGGAAACAUGGUGAGAAGAAGUGGAAAUGUGAAAAGUGUUCCAAAAAGUAUGCGGUUCAAUCGGAUUGGAAAGCUCACUCCAAGACCUGUGGCACUAGAGAAUACAGAUGCGACUGUGGGACUAUCUUCUCCAGGAGGGAUAGUUUCAUCACUCACAGAGCCUUCUGUGAUGCCUUAACAGAGGAGAGUGCCAGGGCUAACCCACUUGAACCACCUGAUGCAGCUGCUCAGCUCAAUCCCCAAGAUAUCCGAGCAUUUUCACUUAAAAAAGAGCAACAAAUUUACACAUCUGUAAGGCCAGAGAUUCCUCCAUGGUUCGUCACCCAACCAGUGCUUGGGACUAAUCUUGGUCCACCCAAGACGAUUGACCUUUCCCCUUCAUCAUCGUCAAUCUUGUCCGCAACAUUAGAUUAUCAUCAAGAAUUCACACAAUCACAGUACCAUGAUUUAUCAGUCAAUGAAAACCAUAACCCUAACCCCACCCUUCCUCCUUUCCAUCCAACAACAACAGUGCCUUCACCGCACAUGUCGGCUACUGCAUUACUUCAGAAAGCAGCUCAGAUGGGCGCAACCAUGAGCACCAAAACUAGCUCAUCAUCGGCACCAGCUACCACUGCUACACCAGCAGUUGCUGGUUUUGGCCUCAACUUUGCUCCACUUCAACACAUGAGGAAUUCUUUGCCGUCUGCCGCUGGAUUCGAUUCGGUUCCGUUCGAUGAUAUAUCAUUUUCCAGGAUCUUCAACGCAAAGCCUGGUGGCGGUUUCAUCGAUGAACCAUUCUCGAAAACAACUACACCAACAGCAACAACAAGAUCAGCUAGAAAUGAUCAUGAAACUACUGGCGGUACAAGUAAUUCUCAAGGCGAAGGCUUGACAAGAGAUUUCUUGGGUCUUAGAGCUCUCUCUCACGACGGUAUUCUCAACAUUGCUGGUCUUAAUAACUGCAUCAACACUUCCCAUGAACAACAACGCAACCAAACCCAGAAACCACCGCAAGGUUAGGUAAUAUAGCAAAUACUGUUUCUUUCUUAGUUCAAGUUCUCCCUUCUACUUUUGCUACAUUCUUCCCAAAGGGAAAGACCUAUGAAAAUCAACUUCCUUAAUUACAUAUGUUAUAUUUUUCCCUUUUCUUUCAAAUUUAACGUCGUAUAAUCUUCAUA